GAGGAGGGAGGAAUCUGCUUCCCGAAUCCCUGUCUCUUCAGCACCCUUCCACGAUUCUUCCCUUCUUCCCAGCGUCUACGGCUGGGAGCCCAUCCCAGUGGGAGCAGCCCGGCAGCCUGGCUCUGCCCAGCCGCCCUCCGUCCUCCCUCCCUCCCUCUCUCUCAUCCCUCCCUUUUCCUUAAAAACGUGGGAUCCGGGGUGCAGCACCCUGCGCUGGCAGCAUCCCUGCCUGGGAGAGCAGUCCCUUCCCCUCCUCCACCUGCGGAGCCCCCGGCUUUGUCCCGUGUUCCCCCUCCAUCCCCCGGCCCGGGGGUGCUGGAUGCGGCCGCGGGGAGCGGAGCCUGGUCCGGAGCUGCGCUAGAGUGGACCCGCCACAGGUCCUUGGCGCAGGCUGGUGCUUCAGGAUGGACCCGCUCUUCCCCGCCCAUAUUUUUGAAGACCCUGACCUGAGAAAGCUGCUGAAUGACUCCUCCAUGCUCAACCUGAGCUUUCUCCCCAGCAACUGGUUUAACAACAGCACGGGGGACAGCUUCCUGCCGCUCAGCAUCAAGAUCACCAUCGUGGUUGUCUAUUCCAUCGUGUGCAUUGUGGGGCUGGUGGGCAACUGCUCCGUCAUGUAUGUGAUCGUCAGAUUCACCAAGAUGAAGACAGCAACCAACAUUUACAUCUUUAACCUCGCUCUGGCUGACACCCUGUGCCUGAUGACCUUACCCUUCCAGGGUACAGACACGUUCCUGGGCUUCUGGCCCUUCGGCAACGUCCUCUGCAAGAUCGCCAUCUCCAUAGACUACUACAACAUGUUCACCAGCACCUUCACGCUGACCAUGAUGAGCGUGGACCGCUACAUCGCCAUCUGCCACCCCAUCAAGGCCCUGGACAUCCGCACUCCCCACAAGGCCAAGGUGGUGAAUGUCUGCAUCUGGGCACUGGCUUCUGUCUUCGGCAUCCCAGCGAUGGUGAUGGGAUCCGCGGAGAACGAGAACAACGAAAUUGAUUGUCUAAUUAAACUCCCUUCGCCAGUGGACUACUGGGAUCCGGUGUUCGGCAUCUGCGUCUUUCUCUUCUCCUUUAUGAUCCCCGUGUUGAUCAUCACCAUUUGCUACAGUCUCAUGAUCAGACGGCUCAAGAACGUCCGUGUCCUCUCAGGCUCCAAGGAGAAGGACCGAAACCUGAGGCGCAUCACCCGAAUGGUCCUGGUGGUCGUGGCAGUCUUCAUUGUUUGCUGGACUCCCAUCCAGAUUUUUGUGCUGGUCCAGUGCUUGGGUGCCAAGGCAGAAAGUGAGCUCGAGCUGGCCAUCUCCUGCUUCUGCACCGCGCUGGGGUACGCCAACAGCAGCCUGAACCCCGUGCUCUACGCCUUCUUGGAUGAGAAUUUCAAGGCCUGCUUCAAGAAGUUCUGCUUCCCCACCGCCUUCAGGACCGAGCUCCAGAUGUCCAACAGGAUGUGCAGCAUCGCCAAGGAUGUGGCCUAUGCCUGCAAGAACUCGGAGGGGACUAACAAUCCGGCCUGACUAGGCAUGGAAAUUCCCAUGGUGGCUGUCGCCCAGCAGAGUCCAACCACCCCCACGUCAGAACUAACUCAGAUAACAGCUCUUUAGCAGGACCUCAAAACUGAGAGGCGAGAAACAAUUUUGGGGGUUGGGAAAACUGGAUACUGCAAGAGCAUGCAGAAAAAGUGAGCCCAUUUGAUGCAUUUUUAAUUCUAGUGCAUCCUGCACUAAGGAACGUGUUUGAAAUCAGCCCUUUGAUUCCUGCGAAACCCUGGGGGUUUGCAACAUUAUUGAGAGUUCAGGAAUCAAGGAUUUAAAAUAGGCAUUGCUCCUGGGACUUACACUUUUGCUGCUGGGAGACAGACAGAAUGUAAACUCUUCCAUUGCUUUUUGCCUCCCCGAGUUGAGAUGUUAACAGCUCGUGUGGCUCAGCAGGCGCUCGCGUGCGGGUUUUAUUCCUGUGCCACCACUCUGAAAUUAGACUUCACUGCAGCCAAAGUGGGCAGGAGCCAUCAGACAAAACCUAAGAUCAUCUCCAGGAUGAGUCAUCGUGCAGGGAAGGAUGCGGGGAGGGAGAGGAGGGAGCUGGCGGAAAGGGAAAUUCAAACUGCCUUGGAGAACAACGCCAGCUCCUGCAGAUGGGGUCUGCAGUAAAACCCUCCUCUCGGAGGGGAGCAGGGGGGCGAGAAGGGACUGUAAAAACUGAUGAGUGUAGCUCCGAAGAGGAGGAAAUGAACACAAUUCCUCGUUUACAUGCUGCUACUGCUUUUUUUUUUUUUAAACUCUGUAUUUCCAGUGUGACAGUGGACAGAAUGUGUCUAUACAUACACGUCUGCAGUGCUCUAGGUACAUAUAUAUGGUAGGAUUUCACCUUGCCAAGCAUGCCUUGGGGAUCUUCCUCAGUGAGAGGAGGAAGGAAUGAAGUGGCCUAUAUAUAAAUGUAUUUAUGUAUAGGGGAAAGCCAUUUUGGAGAAGUCAGAAUGGCAGCUCCUCCAGAAGACAUGGAUGUUCCUGGUAGGAUGCAUCAACCUAAAACAGUCCCAUCUGCUCUGCAUGGGAUAAGUGGGGCACAAACCAUACAAAAGGUGGGGGUUUGGGGUUUGUUUUGUUGUUUUGUUUUUUUUUUUUUUAACUGCAAUGAGAUCCACGAUACUGAGAGCACGUGGGAAAUGCUGCCCAGGUACCAUUCCUCCUGCCAACUGUGGAUUGAUUUUUCCUCUCCCACUAGGUCAGAGCUUUGUGGAAAAUGAAAUGUCGUGUCAUUUCAUUCAAUAAUGAAAGCUUCCCUAAAGAGUCUAACCACUGAGUGCUCUCUGUGCUGGAGGGGACAGCAGACUGGUAUUCUCCCUGUAGCACAACAGCCCUGGGGAAAUCUGGGCAGUGGUGGCCAGUGGUGCUGAUGGGGAAGCAAAGCAAAGACCCCCAUGUGGAGAUGGGAGGUCAGCUUCAAUCUGAGAACCGGCAGCGUCGUCCGGACUGUACAGAUUUCUUGUGAAUAUAUUUCUUGUGCUCUGGUCUAGGAGAUUCUGUAUUUUUAAUGUAUUGAUUUGCCAAUAUUUUAAUGCUGUCAUGUUCUUUACAUAUGCUGUAUAAAAGAAUCGAAUGUUAUAUUUCUAUGUAGAGUGUUUCCCUUAUGGUUGGGCUUAAAAUAUAGAUGAAAUUCCAGUGUCCCACGUAUAGGACCCAGAUCCCUUGUAAACUGCUCGAGCUGAGAGGAUUUUGAUGCUGUGAUUAGCAUUUGAUUGGGAAUCUGGAGGGAUACCAGAGCAAACUUUGCAAUUAUCACUUCCCCUGACUAAUCUGGGGGGAGGAGGAAAUCUGGGCACUUUAAGCACUUUGCAAUGGAUGUUUAUCUCCAAGCACUCACCAGGAAAUCCCACACAGCCCCCAGGCAUGGGAAGAACAACUCCCUGAGGACUGUGCUGCUGGCAAGCUGCAUCCAUGGCCUUGGAAAAGCUGAGUUUGGUGGGAUGUUGUGGUUGUGGAUGCAAUAACAGCGUUGGGCAUUGAGUGACCUUGGGUUUGCUCAGCCCCUCAGCUGUCAGACGAUCUGAUGGGGUCUGGGUAUGGUUGGGCCUGAAGCUGGGAACCGACUGCUGUUCUUGCUGUUAGGGAGCAGGAGGGCAUUCCUUAGUGGCUGGCUAGGGAACAGCCACUCUCCCUUUGCUGUUCUUGGUUGAGUUUUUAAAUAGAUUUAUGUCCUCUGAAAAAAAUAUACCUGUGUUUGGUGUUUUUUUUAAUACAGAUUUUGUUAUAAUGACUAUGCUGCAACAAUCUUACAUAAUCAAGUACCAAUAAAUAUGUGUUUACUAAGCUUUUGGAUAUUUCCAUGGCCCUUGCAGUGACUGUGUUUAGACAUUCUGUUUGAUGCUCAGUGGAGUUUGUUAUAAGAAGAGCAACAAAAGCCUGAAAGCAGAACUUCAUUGUACUGUGCCUCUGGAGUUACAGGCUUGUGGUCGGCUGGAUGGCUGUAGCACUGGCUCUGUAAUUCUCUUUGGAAAUGGUCGUGUUGGUGUGAUUUUACAACUGCUGCAAUGUAAAUGACAAGUUCCUAGGUGGCUAUUUGUGUGCUUUAAUAAAGGAAAAUAAAACCUCCUGUGCAUUGAA